GCACGGGGAGGACGAUGCCGGGCGCGGUGCGCGCGAUGAGAAACGGCACAGUGCCGCCGAUGGUGUACCGCUCGGGCCAGGUGAAGCACAUGGGCCGCAUCAGCAACUACACGGGCGGCUACCUGCUCCGGAGCACCAAUGGCUACGUGCCGGCGCACUCACCGGGCUCGCACGGCAGCAGCUCUCACAACUCGUACGGCUCGUACAAGGAGGCGAAGACGGCCGAGUUGAGCAAGACCAAUCUGUACAUCCGCGGCUUGGCGCCCACGACCACCGACCAGGACCUGCGCAGCAUGUGCCAGGGUCUCGGCCAGAUCAACUCGACCAAGGCGAUCAUCGACAAGUCGACGGGCGAGUGCAAAGGCUACGGCUUCGUCGACUUCGACACGGCGGACGCGGCGCAGAAGGCGGUGAAACAGCUGGUGGCGAAGAAUAUCCAGGCGCAGAUGGCGCGCCAGCAGGAGCAGGACCCGACCAACCUGUACAUCACCAACCUGCCGCUGACAUACACGGAGCGCGAGCUGGAGGCGCUGCUGCAGAGGCACGGCACCGUCAUCUCCACGCGAAUCCUGCGGGACGACCGAGGCACCAGCCGCGGCGUCGGGUUUGCUAGGAUGGAGUCGCCCGAGACAUGCGACAACAUCAUCAAGACACUCAGCGGCCACACGCUGGAGAACCACAACCUCAAGCUGGUCAUCAAGUUCGCCGACGGCAACAAGAAGCGCCAGCAGCUCAAGAACUACGACCAGCAGCGGUGGCGAGAGCAGGAGGCCAACGGCCGGCUCAACGGCUACGACGCCGGCGCGAUGACGCACGGCGCGCUGAACGGCGGCGGCGGCGUGCCCGGCCUGGCAGCGCCGCACUACCAGCUGCCGCUACCCUACCUGUCCGGCCCCGCCUGGACGCCGCAGUCGGUCAUGAUCGGCGGCCCCAUGCCGCCCAUGGACAUGGACAUGUACCAGCUGCUGCAGGGCAUGCAGCAGCUGCACAUGGGCAGCGCCCCUGCGGCGGCGCAGUACGGCGGCGCGGCGCACCAGUACGCCGGCUACGCGCCACCCCCGGCGCCCGCCUACCACCCGGGCGCGGGCAUGGCGCCCAUGUACCACCACUCGCACAUGGUGCCCAUGCCCAUGGUGGAGCCCGAGGGCAUAGCCAACGGAGGUGACGACUAGGCGACCAGCUGCGCGCCCAUAGAUAAUGUUUGUGUACAUACGAAGAGAGGCAGUCACGCGAAGGACACGGCAAGAAGCGAGCUUACUGUGGUGGUUCAGCACGAGCAAGAGAAGAAAAAGCAAGAGCAAGAGAAGCAAGAGCGGUAGCGGCCGGUGCUCAGAAGGAUUAGUUCGGCCGACGGCCGCGCGCGGCGCCACCGGUAGAUGGGCUAGGCCGGAUUCUCGCUCAGGAACGAAUGCCAAAUGGAAAGCCAGGACUAUCCAUCGGGCCCGUGUGUGCAGUUGUUAAGUUUUAGUGGAGCUGGAGAGACCCUUCGCUGUCCCUGACUGGUUUUCACGCGUCGGCAAUCACCGCGUUUUAAAUUGCGGCCGUGCGGCUGGCGGCAGCCCGACUGGCCAGGCGCCUGGCGACCGCUGUCGGAGCCGGGGGAGGGCUGCAGCCGCUCGCCCGCCGUCUCGCCGUCUGUUUCAGUUGGAUGAAGCCCACAUCCAGAGAUCGUCCCGCGUCCACACGUGCCUCUGAUGCGUGCUGCCGGCGACAAGCGCCUGCGACGCGACAUUCCAACGCGAAGAGCGACCGGUGGAGUUUCGCACGCUGGUUCUGCACGGCAGUCGUUUGUCGGCCGCGUUUCCAGCGGCGCCGAGGCGAGUGCCGGCGAGUGAGUGCGGCCGGAUCUGUCAGGAAGGAUACCGUUCCCUCUAGUCGGGGCGACCCAGCCGCGCCGCUUGGCUUGCCUUUCCGCCGAACGGUCGCCCCGAGCCCCGCUAGACCCCUUCCGACGGCUUCUUUCUCACACGGUGCCUUGUUUCCCGUACCUCCAGCUGAAACCCGGGGUCUAUUUUAAUACGAGACGCGCGGAGGUAGGUGUGCCUAGUUUGCGCAGGCCAGUGACUAUGUGGCUUCUGAAGUCGCGCUCGCCGGCGCACCUGCGGCCGGUGGCGGCGCGGCGCCAAAGACCAUGUACAUAGAGCGUGCGCGUGCUCGCCGAGCGCGGCGAGCGCGGCACUGUGAUUGUCCCGUGUCGUCCGCCUGAGUUGUGCCAGGCCGUCGAGAGAUGGCGGGCCCGUCGCGGCGCGCGAGUGACGCCCGCGUCACGCGACUCCCGGCCCGGGGUUCGGGCCGGGGGGCGCGCCGGGCCGCGCCACGCUCCGAGCUGCGGACCCUGGCGCAGCCGAGCAACUGUCAUUCCAACUGUACGCUGAUUUACUGGACGGCAAUGCGCGCUCGCCGUCGCCUGUGUGCCGCGCGUGCGGCGGUGAUGACGCGCGCUGUGACAUCACGUGCGGCACGCGCCACACCCGGCCGGCCCGGUCAGCUCUCAGCGGUGCGACGGCGUUAUUUUUGUACAGAUUUUUUGUGGUCUGGUGUACUGCGAGGUCGCUCGGCGCGGAGAGCGGCGUGCGAUGGGCGGGCCCUGCGCGGCCGAGAGGUGGAAAGAACUGUAAAUACCGCCAGCGAGCGAGUCUCGCGACAGCGGCGACACCUGCCGGCGCGACGGUGGCGCUGCCGAGCGGCUCGCUUCCGCCGGCGUCGGGCGAACUGUCUGGUGUCCAUGCGUUGUUGAUGGUUGCAGAGUUUAUGUGCGGUCCCGGGUCCGGCGGGGCGUCGGCGGCUUGCGCGCGUGACCGCCGGCCGCCGCAGGGCACUGGCGGCCGCUUGUCCGGGGCAAUAGGGCCCAGCUUUAACAGCGUCGCCGCCCGACCGGGCAGCUCACGCUGCGAGCGGUCGUCGCCGGACCUCUGCGGAGGGAAUACAGAGCAGCGACAGAGUGA